GAUCGUUCUUCCACCUCAUAAACACUUCUAUGAUCUAUCAUAUCUUACCACAAAACAAUCCUACAAAUGUUACCAUUUCUAUUUUUUUUAAAAAAAUAAUAAUUACGUCAACAAUUUUGAUUCUAUAAAGUCGCACUCCCUCCAAUUUCACAAUUUCUGUGUGCUCUUCCAUUCUUCACCACCACCACCACCACCACCCAUUUUCAACCCACCAUUUCCUCUCUCCACCGCCACUACCACCGCAACCUCUACUUCUUCAUUUCUUCAAAUCCACCCCACUUUCUCUCUCCUACAUGGGUACUCAUUCCGAAACUCAGUCCAUGACUUCCGAGUUCAAGUUGGUGGGACACUCUAACUUUGUUCGAGUUAACCCCAUGUCCGACCGAUUCUCCGUCAACCGAUUCCAUCACGUUGAAUUCUGGUGCGGCGAUGCCACCAAUGUCAGCCGUCGCUUCUCCUGGGGUCUCGGAAUGCCCACCGUCGCUAAAUCCGACCUUUCCACCGGAAACUCCGUCCACGCUUCUUACCUUCUCCGGUCCGGCGACCUCUGCUUUCUCUUCACCUCCCCUUACUCACCUUCUCUUUCAUCACCUACUUCUGCUGCCAUCCCCACCUUCGAUUUCUCUCUCUUCACCUCCUUCCUCACUUCUCACGGCAUCGGUGUCCGCGCCAUCGCCGUUGAAGUCGAAGACGCCGACGCCGCCUUUCAAAUUAGCGUUUCCAACGGCGCAAUACCCUCUUCUGCUCCGAUUCGCCUUGGAAACGGUGUCGUAUUAUCGGAAGUUUGCCUUUACGGCGACGUGGUACUCCGCUAUAUCAGUUACGGAAGUGAGAAGAGGAAUUCCGACGUUACAAAAGCUCCUAGUGAGUGGUUUCUCCCGGGUUUCGAGAAAAUUCCGGAGGAAUCGUCUUUUCAAGGUCUUGAUUUCGGACUCCGAAGGCUAGACCAUGCGGUGGGGAAUGUCCCUGACCUAGUGAAAGCAAUUGAGUAUGUAAAAAAGUUCACCGGGUUUCACGAGUUCGCCGAGUUCACGGCCGAUGAUGUAGGGACGAGUGAGAGCGGGCUGAAUUCGGCGGUGCUGGCGAACAAUGAGGAGACGGUGUUGAUACCGAUGAAUGAGCCGGUGUAUGGGACGAAAAGAAAGAGUCAAAUUCAAACAUAUUUGGAGCAUAAUGAGGGAGCUGGGGUACAGCAUUUGGCAUUGAUGAGUGAGGAUAUAUUUUGGACUCUAAGGGAGAUGAGGAAGCGAAGUGGCUUAGGGGGGUUCGAGUUUAUGCCAUCUCCACCACCGACGUAUUACAGGAAUAUGAGGAAUCGAGUUGGGGAUGUGUUGAAUGAAGAUCAGAUGAAGGAGUGUGAAGAGUUGGGGAUUUUGGUGGAUAAAGAUGAUCAGGGUACUCUGCUUCAGAUCUUCACUAAGCAUAUUGGGGACAGGCCAACAAUGUUCAUUGAGAUCAUCCAAAGAAUCGGUUGCAUGACGAGAAACGAAGAAGGCAAGUUGUACCAAAAGGGAGGCUGUGGAGGAUUUGGAAAGGGAAACUUUUCAGAGCUUUUCAAAUCAAUUGAGGAGUAUGAGAAGACACUUGAACGGAAACCUGCUGCAUGAGUUACAUACAAUGUUGUUACCACUCAGACAUGAAUGGUAAAAUGAAAAAAUACUUGUAACUUUCUACGUAUCAUCCGAGUGUAUAAUUAUACAAAACGUAUGAUGCACGGUGUAUAGUGAUCCAUUAUUAUCAUUAGUAUAAUACUUGGUAUGUUAAUCAUUAUCAUGUAUAUGAUGUAAAAGUUGGCAACUGUAAAGUCAUUAAUUUGAUGCUUACACAAACGAGAACUUGACCAGUAUUACGAAGAAGGUGCAAAUGAAGAAUGGAGUUACCUACAA